AUGAAGAACGGUCUACUAACUUUAUACCUUUGCUUGGGUGCUGCCGCCGCCAGAAAUGUGUUUCAGGGGCUUAAAAUAAACGACAUCGACUCUUUGGAGAAAGAACUGGAGCUCAACAAGCGGGAUGGCAAAAACGUCGUCUCGUUGGAACUGAGCGAGGCCGACUUGGGAUUGCUCAAAAAGGAGAAGAGAGACGGCAGAGCAUAUUCUGGCUUGCAGAUCCCAUUUGAGAUGUCUCAGCCGGAGCUGGAGGAUGCUCUGAUGCCAGAUGCCAAGACGGGUAAUCUGGCUACUGCUUUGACGCAAAUUCAGGAUGUUUCCAUCUUCUCGUCGUAUAUUCGCGAUAUGGUGGACCUGUACCAGAAGUGCGACGACACCACGCAGUUCAAUAUUAACUCGCAGAGCGACAACAUGCUGUUGAUUUUUGCGCCAACAAACGAGGCCAUUACCGAGCUUUCUGAGAAGCCGUGGCAGUUCCCAAGACCGGUGACCAGGGAGUCGGACGCUAACGACGAGGCGUCGAGCUACAACCUCAGGCAUUUUGUGGAGUCGCACGUGGUCCAGGGCUCGAACGUGGCAGACUUUGCCAAGGAGGAGGUUGUUUUGAAGUCGCUGAACGGCAACCGGAUCCAUCUGCGCAACACCGACACCGGUUUCGAGCUUUCGUUGGAAGACGUGGACGAGUGGCUGCCGAUCCGCAAGAUCGAGCUCACCGCGAACGGCGCGCUCCUGCUCAUCGACAAAACCCUAUCGUGGCCGCACAGAGGCUAG